AUGCAUUCAACAACAUUGAUAGCCAUUUUUGGGCUGCUAGUAGGCGUCUACGUUAUCGCGCGACGUAAAUCAACCUCGUCUUUACCGCUGCCGCCAGGCCCCAAGCCAUUGCCGAUCAUUGGCAAUGUUCAUCAAGCCCCGAAAUCCCACGGCUGGAGGACGUAUCGCGAAUGGAGCAAGAAGUAUGGACCUAUCGUUCACGUCAAUAUGCUUGGACAACCGGUCAUCAUAUUGUCGACCUCUGAAGUGGCCCACGACCUCCUAGCGAAGCGUGGAGCCAUAUUUUCAGACCGACCUCGUCUAUUUUUGGCGACGGAGCUGGCCUUGAAAGGGCUUAAUAUCCUCAUGAUGAACUAUACCGACCAAUUUCGACAGCAUCAGCGGCUACAGGUCUCGGUUUUGAACGCGACGCCGGCAGCUGCUUAUCUUCCCAUCCAGACUCUGGAGUCACAGCAAUUGAUGCACGAUCUCCUGGACAAUGCAGGUGUUCCUGGAAGUUAUGUUCAGGGACAUUUCCGGCGCACCGUCGCUAGUAUUAUCCAUACAUUGCUUUAUGGCUUUCGGGUCAAAGACUACGACGACCCAGUACUUCGCUCCGUUGUUAAACUCAACGAUGAGUUUUCCGAGUUUAUCCAGGUUGGAGCGCAUAUUGUUGACCAAUUUCCCGUGCUCAAUAACUUGCCUGGUUUCCUGGCCCCAUGGAAGGUGAAGGCAGAGAAACACUAUACGACCAAGUAUGAUCUGCGCGACAGAAACUUUCGGAGGGGCCUCGACUCAGAAGCGUGGAAUAUUUCUAAACAUCUCAAAAAAACUAUUGAAAAAGAUAACCUCAACAUGCCCUUGGAUGAGCUCGCAUUUGAACUUGGUACCAUGAUUGACGCCGCGCUGGAUGGUACUACAGACAGCUUGAUCUGGUUUGUGGUGGCGUGUAUAACGCAAGAUCAGGGAUUCAUUGCCAAGGCACGCAAAGAGCUUGAUGCCGUUGUCGGACGCGAUCGUCUUCCAGCCUCAGAGGACAAGCCGAAUCUGCCGUACAUCACUGCGAUCGUCGAAGAGAUAUUCCGUUGGCGGCCCGCUGGCCCCGAGGGCGUCCCUCACCUGAAUAGGGAGGAGGUUACCUACAAUGGGUACACUAUUCCGAAGGGAUCUGUCAUUGUUCCCAACGUUUGGAUGAUCUCUCGAGACGAGGCCUUAUUUGGUCCAUGCCCUGACGAUUUCAUCCCGGAUCGUUGGAUCGACGACGACGGCAAAACUCUCAAAGCUCUACCUCCAGCCGUUUUUGGUUAUGGUAGACGGACAUGCCCUGGUCGGCAUUUCGCUCGCAAUGUUAUUUGGAUUGUAGUCGCCCAGUUGCUGUGGUCAUUCGACAUCAAGGCUGGCCUGUCCGAGGAGACUGGCGAGCCCAUCUCUAUUGACCCUCUUGCAUGCACCUACGGUCUGGUUAUGCGAGCUCUGCCUUUUAAGGCUUCAUUCAACCCUCGUGGGCCUUGGGUGCGUGAGGUUAUUGCCAAGAGCGGUGUCACUUAUGCCGAGGAUCACGAGGCGAUGCUCAACCAAAUUGGGGCAGAGUUUGCUAAGCUGUAG